UCCCUGAAAACUGGUGAGUUCGAUAUGCUGGUGAUUGGAGGAGGCGCAACGGGUGCCGGUGUCGCUUUGGAUGCGCAGACUCGAGGUUUGAAAACAGCAUUAGUGGAACUUGAUGAUUUCUCGAGUGGGACAAGCUCAAGGAGCACAAAAUUGAUUCACGGUGGAGUUCGCUACUUACAAGCAGCAAUAUUCGGAUUGGAUCUCGAGCAGUUCAGGAUGGUGAAAGAAGCCUUGUUCGAACGCGCUAACCUCAUACACUGUGCGCCUCACCUGUCUUAUCCUCUACCAAUUAUGUUGCCUAUUUACAAAUUGUGGCAGGUACCGUAUUACUGGUUUGGAAUUAAAGCAUAUGAUUUGGUAUCUGGGCAGCACAAUGAUGCUCGGAUGAAUAUAUCAAUAAUUCUGUCGGCAAUACGGCAUGGCGCAAAAGCAGUAAAUCACGUGAAAGUGGAUAAGCUGCUAAAAGAUUCAACAGGAAAGGUGUGCGGAGCCCACGUCGUUGAUACAAAUCAUUCUUUUUUGACCCUCAAAAUGUCAGUAAAAUUUCAGCUAACAGGUGACCAGUGGAACGUGAAAGCUAAAGUUGUGGUGAAUGCGACAGGUCCAUUUACAGACUCAGUACGUUUGAUGGCCGAUCCGGACACCACUCCGAUAUGUCAGCCUUCUGCUGGAGUUCAUAUUGUGCUGCCCGGUUACUACAGCUUCUUUUGCUGCAACUCUUUGCUGACGCACAAGUUUUCCACUGUGGAUCGCUGCAUCAAUUGCUGCUUUUCAGUUCGACGAGGCGAUGUAAUGAGUGCCUGGUCAGGCCUAAGACCGCUGGUGAGAGAUCCAAAUAAGAAAGACACAAAGUCUUUGGCGCGCAAUCAUAUAAUCGAAGUCUCGAAAAGUGGAUUAGUGACGAUCGCAGGUGGGAAGUGGACUACGUAUCGGCAUAUGGCCGAAGAAACUGUUGACAAAGCAGUAGAAGUGGCAAAUCUAACACCGGCACGGCAGUGCGCCACCGCUGGCCUACUGCUUGAGGGAGCGCACAAUUGGGAUCCACUUUUACACAUUCAGCUUGUGCAAGACUAUGGCUUAGAUGAAGAUGUUUCUGCAAUAGUAUCAGUAGAUUUGGAGCUGAUUCCAGGACCGGACUGUGCAGUGCAAAGUUCCUUGCAUUCCUCGUAA